AUGGCGGCCAUGUCGAAAUUUCUUUGGGCCGUCGCAUUCCGAGACGCCGGCGUUGCCCGACAGGCCGCCCGCCCGCCCAUCCGCCACUUCUAUUCCAGCACUAGGAGAGUCGACCCUGAUUUUCCGCCUACCAGCGCAAUCAGCACAGGCAACGCCAAAGCAUGCACAAAAAAGCCUAAAUCCCGUAAGCCCGGAGUUCAAAUCAAAUUUUCCUCGGAGCCAUCGCAUGAUCUUAUUCUCCAUUACGGAGUACACAAGAUUAAGGCGGACUUUGAUGGAUGUGCUGACCGGGAUUCUCGGGAGAUGAAUACCUUGCAUCAAAGUACACUUAUGCAGCUGAGGGACCCGGUGUCAGCUGGUUACUUCUUCGAUGCAGCGCAACCAACAUCUGGAGUAGAAGUCCAGUCCAGAGAGCAAAUAGUUCAGCCUUGGUGGAUGGAAGGUGAGACGAGCAAGGACUAUGGUCCAAAAGCCGAAAUUGCGAUCCUGAUGCGGAAAGCUGACGAUUUGGCAACCGCUCGCAAACUCCCCUGGACGGGCCCUUGGCACCUCCGAAGUACCUACCUUGAGCAAAACUGCAUCAGUGUUCAAUCGCGAUCCCAGGUUCAGACCCUCAUCCCCUUACCAAUCCUCGUUUUGCCUCCACCCCCUCCUUACCGCUCCCGCUCCUCCUUUCCGACCUCUGUCUCGGCUGCUCACUCGCCAGCGUCCUUUUUUCCUCUCGGUUCGUCUCGAGGCCUCCCGUUCUCCCAUCCGCCUUGCCCGCGAUUUGGACCUCGAACGGUGACGCACGGCUACAGAGGUCAUCCGGACGGAGCGGUCAUUCUUACACGCCCUCCUUUCCUCCUCCAAGAAGCUGUCUCGAUUAUUGGAAGGUGGCAGCUCAACGCGUCCAAACUUUUGUUCGAGUACCUAAUUCUUUUUUAUGCCGAUUUUCUUGUCUGCGCUGCAUUAAUUCCUCUGGGAUACCAACGCCCCCUGAUUCAUCCCCGGUUCGACAACACCGCGAAUUCUACUGGACCUCGGAUAAUCCAUCAGCAGCAGCCCGCCCGUUCGUCUCGGUUUGUGGUCUGCAUUGCCACCUCAUUGCAAUCUCAGCCAAAGGCGUAUCAGUCUCCUUCCUCUACUGCGGUCACUGGCUGUCUGGUCGCGCGUCUGAAACCUACCGUCUCAAAAGCCCAAACCUAA